AUGGGCAUCAAGGGCGUGUUCAAGGCAAUCGCCCGACCGCUGCGCCCCGGAUCCAAGUCCCAAGGGCGUGAGCAGCAGGCACCUCCGCCCCGUAGGGUGGAGGUACAGCGUGUGCUGAGCAUCAGUCGGCCGCUGGACAUCGACACCUCCUCCACCAGCAGCGAUGAAGAGCGGGAGCCUCUUCCCGCCGAGCUGGAGGGCCUGCACCCACCAGAGGCCCCGGAAACGACGUCCCAAGCCGAUGUAGGACUGCGGCCAACGGCAGGGCGGCGGGAGGCGUCACAAACAGCUGCGGGCACGCCGCAAAAGAGAGACAAGUCCCCGAGCACUCCCCGUGCUGGCCGGCAUGUCGGUGGCGCGGCAGGGUCAGACCCCGCCGCCUCCCCGCUGCCGCUGUCGGCCCCCAACCCGCCGCACGUCCCAGACCUGGAGGAACUGGCGGCGGGGUCGCCCUUCAUCGACACCGACAGCCCCAUCACUCCUCAGGAGGCUGCCAAGCUGAUCCUCAUGUUCCCGGUGGUCCUCCUCCGAACGCUCCUGCUCCUGGUGACGGUGGUCACCGGCUACAUCGUGAUGGCUGCGCUCAUGGCUCUGCUCCCCGGAGGAGGAAAGGGCGGCCACGGCGUGCGCCACGCCGUCGUGCAGUCGUGGAUCCAGGUGCUCUGCCACGUGGCCCUCUUCCUCUCGGGCUUCUUCAAUGUGAAAGUGACGGGACGGCAGCACCUGAAGCAGGCAAAGGCCAGCCGCGCGAUCGUGAUCUUCAACCACCUGUCCUACGUGGACCCGGUGCUCCUGGUGUCCCUCAUCCCGCUCUCCGGCGUGGCCAAGGCCGGCGUCGCCAACCUGCCCUUCAUCGGCGCCUUUGCGCGCGCGAUGCAGUGGCUGUUCGUGGAGCGGCGCGGCAGCUCCGACCACGCCAACGCGCACACCGUCAAGGGGGACGCCGUGGAGGCAAUCCAGGCCCGGGUGGCCGACGAGUGCGCCCCCAUGCUGGUCAUGGCCCCAGAGGCCACCACCAAGGCCGCGCAGUGCCUGCUCAAGUUCAGGCGCGGCGCGUUUGCCAGCGGGCACCCGGUCUGCCCCAUCCUCCUGGCCUACCCGCACCGCGCCUUCAACCCGGCCUGGGGCAUCGUGCCCUCCACCCCACUCCAUGUCUACCGCCUGCUGGCCCAGCCCCUGAACCGGGCCACCAUCCAGGUCCUGCCCACCUACUUCCCCAGCCAGAAGGAGAGGGCGGACCCGGCUGCGUACGCCGCGGGCGUGAGGCAGGCCAUGGCCGCCGCCCUGAGGGCGCCGCUCGUGGAGCAGGGCAUCACUGAGGAGAGGCGGCUGGUGAAGGGCGGGGUGACCACCAACCUGGCCGGGUCCAGAGUCAUCAUUCCCAAGAGCAAGGCCGCCUAG